CCUGCGAGACCCGCGCGCGCGCGAGACGUCCUCUUCUGCGCAUGUGUGCCCUCCCAGUCCUCACAGCGCUGCCCCCGGGCGGGAGUGAGUCCCGAGGCUCUGAUCCUUGCACCUGGUUGGUCUUGGUCCGGGCUGGAGAUCUCUGUCUUCACCCAGAGUCUGCAGAAAAUGACCAAGUCGCAGGGACCGGUAUCAUUCAAGGACGUGGUCGUGAAUUUCACCCAGGAGGAGUGGCAGUAUCUGGACCUUCCCCAGAGGGAUCUAUACAAGGAUGUGAUGCUGGAGAACUAUAUCAACCUCAUCUCAGUGGGCUAUCAAACCACUAAGCCAUCUGUGAUCCACAAGUUGGAACAAGGUGAAGAACCAUGGAUGGUAGAGAGAGAAAUCCCAAAUUGGAGCUAUGCAGAAGAAACCUGGCAACUUGAUGACCACAUGGCACAACACCAAGAGAAUCAAGAAACACUUUUGAAGCAUGCUGCAUUCAUUGACCAGGAAACUGGGACUGACGAGAAAGGUAACAAGUGUAAUGCACUUGGAAAUAUAUUUCAUCUGAGCACAGACUUCAUUUCUUCAAAACAGAGACUCCAAAAAUAUGACCCCUAUGGUAGGAGUUUGAAUUUUUUCGGCUUAUUUAGUGGUAAUAGAAGAUACUCAAAAAAGACUGAAUGUAGUGAAUGUGGGAAAGCCUUCUUCCAGAAGUCAGACCUUAUUAUGCAUAAGAGAACUCAUACAGGAGAAAAGCCCUUUGUAUGUACAGAGUGUGGGAAAGCCUUCAGCAAGAAAUCCAAUCUUGUUAUACAUCUCAGGAUCCAUACUCAAGAGAAACCUUAUGAAUGUACUGAAUGUAGAAAAGCUUUCACCCAUAAGUCACACCUCAUUGAACAUCAAAGAAUUCACACUGGGGAGAAACCCUAUGAAUGUGAUGAGUGUGGGAAAGCGUUUUUCCAAAAAUCACACCUCAGUAUUCAUCAGAGAACUCAUACUGGAGAGAAACCCUAUGGGUGUGACGAAUGUGGGAGAGCCUUCAGCAUGAAGUCUCACCUCUUUGUACAUCAGAGAAUACACACAGGAGAGAAACCUUACGUAUGUACCAGGUGUGAGAGGGCUUUCAGUGAAGUGUCCUGCCUUAUGAGACAUCAGAAAAUCCAUACUGGGGAGAAACCUUAUGAAUGUAAUGAGUGUAAAAAAGCCUUUUCUGAGAAGUCUGACCUCUUCAUACAUCACAGAACUCACACAGGAGAAAAGCCCUAUGAAUGCAGUCAGUGUGGAAAAGCCUUCAGACAUAGCUCGGCCCUCUGUCGACAUAAAAGGACUCAUAAAGAAAAAAUUCCUUAAAAGAGAAACUAAUGUGGGAAUAUCUUCAACUAAAAGCUUCAGUAGAAAUCAAAUCUUGGAGUGCUGGAGUGGCUCGGUCUGUUAAGCAUCUGACUUUGGCCUAGGUCAUGAUCUUGCUGUUCCGGAGUUCAAGCCCCAUGUCCGGCUCUGUGCUGACAGCUCAGGGCCUGGAGCCUGUUUCAGACUCUGUGUCUCCCUCUCUCUCUCUGCCCCUCCCCCCUCUCUUUCUUUCUCUUAAAAAGAAAGAAACAUUUAAAAAAAAAUCAAAUCUUAUUAUGUAUCAAGAAGUCAAGCCUCUUAAUUCAACAUAUUUUAAAAGUGUGUAAUUAUGUUUUCAUAGAAGUGAUAUUCCAGAUGUGAUCCCAAAGUAUUUCUAGAAGAUAUAGAAAGUAUAUCUCCUUGUCAGGGGCACCUGGGUGGCUCAGUCGGUUAAGCGCCCGACGUCAGCUCAGGUCAUGAGUUCAUGGUUUGUGAGUUCGAGCCCCACAUUGGGCUCUGUGCUGACAGCUCGGAGCCUGGAGCCAGCUUCAGAUUCUGUGUCUCCGGCUCUCUCUGCCCCUCCCCCACUUGUGCUCUGUCUCUCUCUAUCAACAAUAAAUAAAAUGUAAAAAAAAAAGUAUAUCUCCUUGUUAAAGGAUAAAUGCUCAAUGUGGACCACAAAGACUUUUGAAAUAUUAGUAAGUGGACUAGUCAGAACAAAAUUAGAAAACCAUAUAUGGACAAUCUACAAAAUAUGAAAGCCUUAGAUUCCUGAUUGUAUAUAAACCUUAUAUUGGAAUUGUAUAUGUGAAGUUAACAUAAUUAUGAAUACAGAAUAAGUAUUAUAUGUACAAUGCCAUCUACCAAGAUCUUUUAUGUUGAAUAAUACCAUUUUUCUUCUAUUUAAAAGAAAAUAUGUCAUUCAAGAAGAAUUUAAAGCUAAUAUUACAUGUCAACUGUACUUCAAUUAAAAUAAACUUUUCUUUCCUGUAGAAUGCUGG